AGCCAAACCUGCGAGGGCUGCGAGUUGCUGCACGUGCUUUGCGCUUGUUAUAAGCCGCCGAAAGCGCGGAACAACAUAACCUCCCGGUUGCCGCUCUAAUCAGUCGCACGAGAUAUGCCAAGCAAAGUAUCCUCGAGAUCGCGAUUAUACUCGCAUUUUUGUAAACAUUCAUAAAGUGGUUAAAAAAUUAUUUUACUACCGUCUAUUGGAAAAGGCUGCAACAAUGUUGAUUCAAAACUUGAGGACGUUGUGCGAACGUCGCGAAAGCUAUCGCAAUGCGUUUGAUGCCUACCUCGAUUUGACGGAAAUAACACAAGAUUGCGAAGAACUAAUACUUGAGCAACUCCGCGAUAUUUUAAUGAAUCCCGAGUUUGCUAAAGAUGUUGCAGAAUGUUUUCCACAAUUACUUCUUAUUUUACUAACAAUGUCCAUAAAUAAAGACAAAGAACCUGCAACUGAUACAGCUGAUGCUGAUUUAGUGCACAGAAUAAACUGUGCUGUAAUUGGAAAACUAAUUUUAAUACAUCCUGAUGUUUUAGGGUUUGCGUUACAAUAUUUUGAAGCCAAUCCCCCACCGUUCAUAAAUCCAACAAAAACUAAUGGGGAACGUCCUAAAUUGAAAAGACACAAAAUUCAUCAGAUUCCUAGAAAAGUAUCUGACUAUGAAAUUGUCGAAGCGUGUUUUAAUAUUUUACAAGCUUCACCUGAUCACUUCAAGUACAAAUGGAACUGGUCCAAAUUUUAUAAAUAUUUAACAAAUAAAGAUGAUAAAGUGAAGUGGAUUGCAAUAAAGUGUGUAGGUAUAGUUUUGGAAAUGUCAGAGUUAUUAAGAUUGAAUUGCGCUAAAGCUUUGAUUGGUGACAUUGAUCAAUUUAUAACUGAAAUCAAAGAUACUAAUGCAAAUACUGUUUUACAACUGGAAAAUUUCUCAAAAGAUGUUAAAGAAAUAGCUAAGAGAGUUCCAUCUGUUGUCUCAGUUGCGGGUGUAUUAUUACCAGUUUUUAAAAACCAGCUGAAGGAUACAGACACUGAUUUAGUUUCUGUGCAAUCUAUGGAAGAAAACUUACGCUGCUUAGCUCUAGCAGUAGCUUCUAGAAAAUGUAUUUGUUUGCAAGGUUCUGUCGGAUGCGGUAAAACAGCAAUUGUUGAAUAUUUGGCAAAAAUUACUGGCCAUGGCCCUUCAGACUUCAUCAAAGUACAAUUAGGAGAUCAAACAGAUUCAAAAAUGCUUCUGGGAACUUACAGAUGUACAGAUAUACCUGGAGAAUUUAUAUGGCAACCAGGAGUACUAACACAAGCAGUAACUGCUGGGAAGUGGUUACUCCUAGAAGAUAUUGACAGCGCUGCAUUAGAUGUUGCCAGUGUCUUAAGUAACUUGAUGGAAACUGGAACCCUUUCAGUUCCUGGUUACAGAGACACGAUUCAUGUCAAAAGUGGAUUCCAAUUGUUUGUCACUCAAAGAUUAAUACUAACAAUGUCUGGUCUCCAAAAACACACAUCUGGAGCUACAAGUUUAUUGGAAAAGCACUGGCUAUGCGUGAACAUGGAGCCACUGUCAAAAGAAGAAUUAGUAACUGUUGUUCAAACAUUAUUUCCAGUUCUCAAUACUAUUGCUACAAGGAUGGUAGAUGUCUUCUUAUUAUUUUCAGUAGGCAAUCAUGAUAUGAAUACUUCUAGUGACGAAGAUGAAGGAAAAAUUUUGAAGACUGGAAGGUUGAUUUCAACUAGAGAUUUAAUCAAAUGGUGUUCAAGAGCCACACUUGACUUUGUAGUUUCAUCACCAGACUCAGCUUUAAAAUUAUUUCAAGAUGCGAUCGACAUAUUUUGCUGUUCAGUUCCUAAUCAAGAUCAAAGAUUGGCAUUAUCUAUAGCCAUUGCUAAUAAAUUGGGAAUUAUCAAAACGAAAGCUGAGUACUUUGCUCAGACCCACAAACCAUCAAUCGAAUUGAAACCCGACUAUUUUGUCAGUGGACGGAGCAAACUAAAAAGGAAGAAAAAUCAAGUUACCCAAAUUGAAAGAGGUGUAGCCAAAUUUUCAUUUACUCGCCCAUCAGCUUGUUUACUGGAGCGCAUCACGAGUUGUGUGUCACAAAAUGAACCAGUUUUGCUUGUUGGUGAGACUGGUACAGGAAAAACAAGUUCUGUGCAAUAUUUAGCUCGCAGCACUGGUCACAAGUUGAUAGUGAUUAAUAUGAAUCAACAGAGUGAAAGCGCUGAUCUUCUUGGUGGCUACAAACCAGUUGAUUUGAAAUUUUUAAUCUUUCCUAUCAGAGAAGAAUUCGAGCUACUGUUUCGCUCAUACUUUGCAGUAGAACCAAACAAAAAAUUCUUAUCACACAUUGCGACCUGCUACCAGAAAAGUAAAUGGAGAACUUUAGUCGGCUUAAUGACUACCAGUACAAGUGCUGCUGUCAAAAGAUUAAGAUCUAAAAUCACAAGUAUAGAAGAUGAACCCAAAAAUCCGGAAGAAGCUAAGAGCAAAGAAACUCUCGAGAAAUGGGAAAGACUAUCAGCAAAACUAGAUAAAUUGACAUCUCAGGUAAAAGCUCAACUGUCUUUAGCUUUUGCUUUCAUUGAAGGAAGUCUCAUAAAAGCACUUAAAAAAGGAUACUGGGUUCUCCUUGAUGAAAUCAAUUUGGCCAAUGCAGAAACCUUGGAGUGCCUAUCAGGUUUGCUCGAAGGCUCGUCAGGCUCGCUAUCUUUACUCGAAAGAGGUGAUAAAGAGUCCAUCAAAAGACACCCUGACUUCACGGUGUUUGCCUGCAUGAAUCCAGCUACAGAUGUAGGCAAGAAAGAGUUACCUGUCGGUUUGAGGAACAGAUUUACAGAAUUCUACAUCGACGAGCUUACCGAAUUCUCUGACCUGCAGCUUCUCGUAGGCUCUUAUUUAGAAGAGUUGAACUUACCAGCUGAUAAACAGAAGGCCAUAGUAAAAUUUUAUUUGAACGUUCGCAAGGAAGCAACUUGGAGUUUGUAUGACGGAACGGCUCACAAGCCCCAUUACAGCUUGAGAACACUGUGCAGAGCUUUGACUGUAGCUGCUGCUAACCCAUGUGGCAUAGUUUUAAGAUCUCUGUACGAAGCUUUCUGUCUGAGCUUUCUUACUCAACUGGAUCAUAAAUCGUAUCCUAUUGUCCAGAAGAUGAUAGUCGAUGCCAUUUUGGAUAAGAAGUCGGCCAAAGCUGUGAUCAGCUCACCGAUUCCUAAACCAAAGUGCUCCCUACUGGAAGACUUCAUCGAAUUCGAGGGUUACUGGGUAGUAAAAGGCAGUACGGAGCCAGAAACUCCAAAGAACUACAUUCUGACCGAAUCCGUCCGCCGUAAUCUACGCGACGUCGUGCGCGUUGUGUCAAUCGGCAAGAUGCCUCUGUUGCUCCAGGGUGACACCUCCGUUGGUAAGACCAGUCUCAUCACUUAUCUCGCCAAGGCCUCAGGUCACGUCUGCGUGCGAAUCAACAACCACGAGCAUACGGAUCUUCAGGAGUACGUGGGCAGCUACGUUGCCGAUGAGUCAGGCAAACUCGUUUUUAAGGAAGGAAUACUCGUCGAGGCUAUGCGUAAGGGUUACUGGAUCAUCCUAGACGAAUUGAAUUUGGCUCCCAGCGAUGUUCUAGAGGCGUUAAACAGAGUUUUGGAUGACAACAGAGAGCUUUUCAUACCCGAGACUCAGGAAACUGUUAGAGCCCACGAAAACUUUAUGCUUUUUGCAACUCAGAAUCCACCCGGUGUAUAUGGUGGUAGAAAAGUCUUGUCCCGAGCCUUCAGAAAUCGUUUCGUCGAGCUUCACUUUGAUGAGAUUCCGGCCCAAGAAUUGCAGACUAUCUUGCACGAACGCUGCAGUAUGCCACUGUCCUACUGCAAGCAAAUAAUCGCUGUGAUGACUGAAUUGCAAGUACGUCGAAAGAGCACGGCAGCGUUCGCCGGCAAACAAGGUUUCAUCACUCUUAGAGAUUUGUUUCGAUGGGGAGAAAGAUACCGACUUGCUCCGGAUAUGGGUGAAAAAUUGUACGAUUGGAGUCAACAUCUAGCAGACGAGGGUUAUCUUGUUCUUGCUGCUAAGGUUCGCAAACCCGAAGAGGCUGAGGAAAUUAGGGAAGUUAUAAACAAGCACUUGAAGAGAAAAGUGAAUCCAGAAAAUUUGUUUACUUUAAGCGAACACACAUCUCCCGUUACGAAACCUAUUCUAGAAGCGAUAGAAAAAGCAAACGCUUCUUCCUUCAAGCAUGUUGUAUGGACUUACCAUAUGAGAAGAAUGGCAGUUCUCGUCAGAAAAUCAUAUCAGUUUAAAGAACCAGUACUACUAGUAGGAGAAACUGGAGGAGGAAAAACUACUAUUUGCCAACUGAUCGCUCAUAUGAAUGACAAAAAACUGUACAUGGUCAAUUGUCACAUGCAUACGGAAUCGUCCGAUUUUCUGGGUAACUUACGUCCAGUAAGAAGUCACGCCGAUGAAGAUAAUCAAAGAUUGUUUGAGUGGGUUGAUGGACCCUUGAUAAAAUCUAUGUUAAGCGGGGACUUUUUCCUUGCGGACGAAAUAUCUUUGGCGGAUGACAGCGUUCUUGAAAGAUUGAAUUCUUUACUUGAGCCAGAAAGAAGUCUUUUGUUGGCAGAAAAAGGAAUCGACGUUGGCGAAGACUCUAAAGAUGUCGAUAAUACCAUCGUUGCCCACGAGGAUUUCUUCUUCAUCGGUACAAUGAAUCCUGGUGGUGAUUAUGGAAAGAAAGAAUUAUCCCCGGCGCUCAGAAAUCGUUUUACGGAGAUCUGGUGCGAUGGAUGCACAGAAAGAAAAGACUUGCAGGCUAUUAUCGAACACAACCUUAGUGAGGAGGUCGGCGAUCGCAGAAGCGUAUUGGCGGACUGUAUUUUGAACUUCGUCGAGUGGCUACAGACUUCAGAUGUCGGAAAACGAUUCACCGUUAGCAUAAGAGAUAUUUUGAGUUGGGUAAAUUUUAUUAAUGCUUGCACUGAAAAGAGUGGCAGCUACAAAUUGAGCCUUUGCGACGCUUACUACCACGGAGCCUGUCUUACUUACAUCGACAGUUUAGGAUCAGGAUUGACGAGCAUGGAAAGUUUGGAAAAGCUUAAAUUGUUCAAAGAUAACGCCUUCGCUUUUCUGGAAACACAAACCAAUACCUUGAAUGAAUCACCAGCUGACGAUUCAAUGGAAGUUGAUCCGGAUCUGCCAGAUCCUACGGACGUGUUUGGAAUCCCCCCAUUUUUCAUCCCGAAAGGCUCUAACCCUUGCGAGGAUAAUGCAUCGUUCACUUUCCUCGCUCCUACUACGCAACAGAACACCUUAAAACUUCUGCGAGCCCUUCAGCUUCGUAAGCCACUGUUGCUCGAGGGUAGUCCUGGUGUUGGUAAAACAAGCCUCGUCUGUGCUCUUGCAAAGGCGUCCGGUCACACUUGCCUGCGUAUAAAUCUGAGCGAUCAAACAGAUGUGUCAGAUCUAUUUGGUGCUGAUCUACCCGUUGAAGGUGGUAAAGGUGGUGAAUUUGCCUGGCGUGACGGUCCAUUUUUGCGAGCUUUGAGAGCAGGACACUGGAUUUUAUUGGAUGAAUUGAAUUUAGCCUCGCAGUCUGUGCUCGAGGGUCUCAAUGCCUGCUUUGAUCAUCGAGGCGAAGUAUACAUUCCCGAAUUAGGAAAAACUUUCACGGUAAAACCAGAGACUAAGUUAUUCGCAUGCCAGAAUCCAUUGAGACAGGGUGGAGCAAGACGUGGAUUGCCCAAAUCCUUUUUAAACAGAUUCACCCAAGUAUUUGUGGAUGCGUUGACAGACGAUGACUUGAUAUUCAUAGCAGCUUCGCAGUUCCCACAGAUAGAUAAGGAUGUGAUUGGCAAGAUGAUUGAGUUUAAUUCAAAAUUAGCGAAGGAGGCUGGAGUAUCUUGGGGCUACAACGGGGCUCCGUGGGAGAUGAAUUUGAGAGACGUCAGUAGAUGGUGCGAAGCUACAAUUGCUGCUUCUGACGAUGAUAGAGAGAUUUGCAAUCCAGGAAGCGCUGUAGAACUUAUCUAUGUGGAUAGAAUGAGAACCAAAGAAGAUAAGCGCAAAGUGAAAGAAAUUUAUAAUGAGAUUUUUGCUGAAGGAAAUUAUCCAGUUUUAUCUUCACCGCUGGUGCAUAUAACCGAUGAAAAUGUACACUUUGGAGAAGUGACUCUACCGAAAACUGACACGUCUUUCUGCAGCGAUCAGAACUUGUUGCUUCUUCGAGAUCAAAUAUCGACUUUGCGUAGUCUAGCACAAUGUGUCAAGAUGAAUUGGAUGUCGAUACUUGUUGGAGGAUCUGGUUGUGGAAAAAGCAGUGUUGUGCGAGUUUUAGCGCAUAUGACGGGUCAGAAGCUACAGUCGAUUGCGGUGAAUUCAGCGAUGGACACGACGGAAAUCUUGGGCGGCUUCGAACAGACCGACUACAAUCGACACCUGGAGCAACUAGUCGAGAAAACGGAAAACUUGUUGACGCACAGUCUGAAGACUAAAGUGAGCAAGGAAAAUAUUUCCCAGAUAGAGAAGUACCAAGCGCUAAUUGAAAGAGUCCGCGAACUUUCGCACGAUGAUUGCGAGUCCGUUACCAUGGCUCUCGCCACGAGCCUGUUUCUUCAAAAAAUUGACGAACUGCUGAAGCUUCUGAACGAGAUGAAGAGUCUUGAGAAUUCAGUGCUGUCGGAAAUAGCGCAGAUCGAAGGAAAUCUGAGCAAACUCAAAGAGUUCGUCGAGCAAGACAAGUGCUUGAACGCCGGUGGGAAAUUCGAAUGGGUCGACAGUAUCCUCGUGAAGUGUUUGCAAGAAGGAACGUGGCUGCUCAUAGAUCAAGUGAAUCUGUGCAGUCCUGCAGUAUUGGACAGGCUGAAUGGGCUGUUAGAACCCAACGGCGUUCUUAGUAUCGGCGAGCGCGGCGUCGAUAGCGAGGGAAACGUCGUGACCAUCAAGCCUCAUGAAAAUUUCAGACUCUUUUUAACGAUGGACCCGAGAUACGGCGAGAUAUCCAGGGCUAUGAGGAACAGAGGCGUGGAAAUCUAUAUGCUCAAUUACAACGAGAAUCCAGAAACCGGCAAACUCGACUAUAGGUCUCUGCUCUACAACAGCGGCUUGACGAAAAGAAACCAUCAAGAGGCCCUCAUGGCGAUCCACACAGAGGUCUCCGAAGACCCGUCCAACGUCGACAACCUGAACGUCAUUCAGCUGCUCCACAGCGCCUUCCUCGUGGUACAGCAGCUCGCCCGCGGUUUUCCAGUAUUAGAAGCUUUCAAAAGCUCCUGCACCGACGUCUACCUCAAAGCUCGUUCCGUCUUCCAUCAAGAGACGAGAAUGCGUUUGGCGUCGAUCAUCGGGGACAACAUUCAGAAAUUCGGUAUCAACGAGAGCGACGACUACGUCUUGGAUCUGAAUGCGGCCACGUGCACCCUGAAAAACUUGCAGGACAACUCCAAACUAACGCUCCUAAGACAGGAAGGACUCCUUCUGGACUGGUGCGUUCAAGGCUACUGUGUGGGCUGGUCGGCCAAGAACGAAAGUGCCAAGUUCUCGCUCAAGACGGACUUCAUCAACGAGUUCUUCGCGGCGGUCGCCGAUCAGAAUCACAUUAUCAGCGUCGAAGUACUGGACAUUUUACCGUACAUCCUGCUGAACUUCUACGAGCACUCGUCGGUCAGCGACGUAGAUUUCCGGGAAAUGUGGGCAGCGAACAUUUUCCAGAAGAACUCCAACCUGGAGUUCUUGGAGAAGAAAAACUCGACGUUGGCCCAGGAAAUCUUGGCCUUUGACUUUGAAGAUUGCGAUUUAAAGCUGCCUUGGGACGGCAAACACUUUGCGAACGCCAAUAACCUGGCGCUACUUCUAUACUAUGAAACUCUAGUCGUGGACGACAACAUGGAUAGAGGAUGGAAAGUCGAAGGCAGGCAAAAUACGAUCAGUCUUUCUCAGUUUUCAGAGGCACAUCGCCAGGGUAAGAUGACUGGAUCAAAUUUGAAGAACCAAAUCCUCAUAACCAAGUAUGUGUCAUUUUUACUUCAAGUAAAAAAAUUCAUUGACAACAUACUCAGGUACAACAAAAAGGUAAUAGACAACUCGAAAUACGUCGCGCUUCGUCAAAACUUGAAAUACUUUAACAGAUUUUGCGAUCUGGGCAAAAUGAUAUUGUUGAAUAAGGCAGAAAGUUCUCAAAACUUACUCAAGCAAAUCGAUGAAGUAGGUCUGUUACUGAAAGUACACUACAAGUGGUUGAAAAAGUUCAUCAGGUUCCUCGAAGACAAUUACGAAGGUCAUAAACUAAACACAGACUAUAAGAAGGAAAGUGAUCUUGUGAAAUCUUUAAUGAACGAAAUCGACAACAGCUUGAUGUCCGUUUACGAUCCGUUUAGGAAAAUUUGCAAAAUUUACAAAAAGCACAUUAACUCGCCUCUGCCAUGUUCCUCGGAUAUCGUAUUAAAAACGUGCUCAUCGCUACAGGAAAUUACGGACUCAUUCUCCACCUCAAGGAAUAAGUAUAUCAAAGCAAACAGUUUAUCGAAUGAGCCGAAAUUCAUCACAUUGCAGACUGAUGAAGCAUUGAAAAUUCGAUCAGAGUUGAUAAAUUUGUGGCACAACAUCUAUGCCAAUGAAGUACUCGACGAGAACGUGUCUGAAAUUUUACAAAAAAUGACUGAUUUCUGUGCAACCUACUUGAACAUCACAGAGACACCUAAAGAAUCAGAAAUGCGCACUCCGUCACCUAAAGAUAUUGUAAAGAUGACGACGAAGAUUCAACUUUGGCCUAUUCAUGAGUAUAUGUUUACGCUGUUUGUGGAAUCCUUCCGCAGAAAACUUUGCGAAAAAUUAACUGAAGAGGGAGAUAACGUUUCUUUACCAUCCACUUAUCUAUCUUCUCACCAUUCGAGCUUACCCAAUAUACCUGCUGAAUUACUUGCUAUAUUGAAUACUAUUUGUACUAAACAAGACGACCCUCAGGAGAGAAACCGCUUAUUAUUUGCAUUGUCCAUCUGGUUCUCUAAGUUCACCGAAAAUUCUUACGCUAUCAAACAUUUCAAACAAGUAUCGCACUGGAAAAGCGUAAGUUCAGAUCAAAAGGAUGACUCCGCUUAUCUUCCUGAAAUAUCAGAUAGAGAAAAUCUAACCAGUGGACCUGUACUCGUGAGCUUAGUCUCUGAACUAAUUCUGAAUAUGUCGCAGUCGACGAAUCCUGAAAAAUCUGCUAUCGUGACUGGAGCUAAUCUUGGUAGUUAUAGUGCGCGUCUUGAGCAACUAAAAACUCUCAACGAUACUCUGUGGAAAAACAGCGUAGCUUUGAACUCCUUGCAAUUCAAUCAUACUUCCAACGAUUUGAUAACUUUACGCUGCUUGCUGAAGGAAUUCUUAGCAUGUUGUGAUAGAGUGGAGGCUGAUUCGUCCCUCAAGCAAUCAAUCGAAAGCGAGAAGCUACUUCCCAGCGUUAAAUCAACAGUGAGCAAGGAAUAUUUGCAGCCCUUAGAAGAUUUACGCAGUAUUUCGGAAACCUUGACUACGGAAACAUCUAGUCUGAAUAGAGGCAAAGCUUGGACUCUCCUAGGAUACCUUCAAGCUUUCGUAUUCGGCAAUAUGAGUUACAUCGACCCGGUGUACAAAGUAGCUAUCAAGCUGCGUUACGUUGAGGAAGAUGUCAACGACUGUGAAAACACUCUUUAUGUUGCCAAGUUGUACUCUAGAAUUUUAGGACUAUUGGACAACCAUAUUGCUCAUCCACGAUUCCAUGCUAUAGAGGCAAACCUUGAACAGUUAAAGGAGGAAAAGGAUUCUUUGCAGAAAUUGAAGGCUGUGAGACCAGCUAACGCAGAAUUUAUCACCUUAUCGAAAGAAUUCACCAAUUUCCGAACAGCUCUUGGUUCCUACGCUAUAGUUGACAAACACGUACAGAAACUGAUUGAAACUACCACCAACUUAAAGAACGAGGUGAAUGAAAGCAAUAUACAAAGCGCUCGUUCCACCAAAAGAGAAGCUGAGAUCUGGCUAGAGUCGAUGCGAAGAUUUAUGGACCAGAUAGAAUCCAGAUUCCUAUCCGGCUACCCCGACAUUGUCUAUCCCAUUCUCGCUGGUCUCGCUCAGAUGCGUCACGGUAUUCGAAUCCUCAUCGACGAAAGUAGUCGCCUAGUAGCCGUCGCAGAAUCCAAAUUCGACUCUGAAAAAUUAGGAUCCUUCAUACGCGAUUUAGUCCGUUUCCCAACUGUCGGUCCAAAACAAGAAAAUCUUUUGAGCUUGGUUGAGUUAUGUACCUCACACGAGAGCAGAGAAUUGCUAAGCGUUAAUAUGAAAACAGAAAAUACUUUCGUGACGCUGCAAGAGCAAUUUAGGUUAACCAUAGCGGGUCUUUAUGAAUUCUAUAACUACAUUGUAAUAAAAGGCAACUUGACAAAAGACCUGUGGGUGCAGCUGAACAACCUUCUGCAGCAAAUUGUCUUGAUCUGGCGCCAGCAGCAGACAGAAAUGGAGAAACGCGAAGCCGAAAAGGACAGUUUGUACAAGAAUCGUGUUAAGGUUAAGGGAGAAAGUUUGACCGAAGAAGAGCAGAUAGCUCAGGAACUCAAGAGCUUGUUCCCUACUCAUAGAGAAGAUGAUUUUGCUGAUGUCGAUAGCAGUCUUGUUCCAACUUUGGAGAAGAAGGUCACGGUGGAAAGUAAAGUGGAAGAUUUUGGAGCUUUGAUCACUGAGAACGAUAUCAAAGAAGUUCAGAACAUUCAUUCAAGUAUCAUUAAAUCUUUCACGUCUUCCGAAUGGCUUCUUAAAAAUGCUAACGAAUCUCGUCCAGACUUUAUAGAGCCUUUACUUCAGCGGUACAACACCUUUGGCCUAUUAUUAGACAGAGUGGCGCCAGCACUCAACCAUAAACUAACCAGCGAAUUGUACACAAGUUUGAACGUUCUUACCCAGUUAGUAGCUCGACUCGGUCAAGGCGAAACUCUCAAUCCCGAGAGCUGUAUUAAGACAGCCAAAAAGAGCAGUAAGUUGUACGAUUACUACAGAGACAGCAAUGUCGAAGAAGUGAAGCAGUGCGUACCUCUGUUGGAGAGAAUCUCGAAUAAAAUAAUCGAGCUUUUGAACGAAUGGCCAGAGCAUCCGACAUUAGUCUCCAUUAGAAUCAUAUUGCAUAGAAUCUACUCUUUUCCUGUAACUUCGGCAGUAUCGAGAUUCUUGACAGGUUUAGAAAUGUUACUGGUCAAGAUGCACGAGUGGGAAGAAAAUGCUCACAGUGGAGUGAGUUUGACGGAAUUCAUUUUGUCACUGACACAGCAGAUUAUAUCUUGGCGUAAGCUGGAAUUAACUUGCUGGAAGGAUUGUCUGAUAACUGCUCAGUUAAGAUUGCGGUCGCAGACGUCCAAGUGGUGGUUCUUCCUGUACGAUCUAUUCGAGAGUUAUGUUUCAAAGAAUCCUUCGUCAGAAAAAUCUAAAGAAGAUGCUAUAACAACUAAGAAGUUAAUAGAAUCUUUAGAGAUCUUUAUGAGGGAGUCUUCUUUUGCGCAAUUCGAAGCUAGAUUAGAGCUUCUUCUAACCUUCCAUUGUCAUACUUAUUAUCUGAAUCCAAGUGUUGAACGCGACAAUGCACUGGCAAUCUCCUGGAAUAUUUACAACUAUUACAGUCAAUUCUUACCCGAUAUCAACAACAGAAUAAGCGCGAUUAAAGCACCAAUCGAGAAGAAACUUAAAGACUUUGUAAAAAUCGCGCGAUGGAAUGACAUAAGCUAUUGGUCAGUUAAGGAGACAGUAGAAAAAACUCAUCGAACUUUGCACAAGCACAUCAAGGAAUAUGAAACCGGUUUAAAGGACGUUGUAACGCCCUUCUUGGUUGUCAAGCCAACUUAUAAGAGCGAGGCAGGUAUCUGGGAUAAACCAAAGGCUGAUCACGACAGUAGUGUUGAUCCCAACGACUAUUUAGCUCCAACACCUAAACUCAUUAUCACCGAUGUUACCAUCAAAAGUGAUCUGAUCUCAAGGGUUGAUAGUCACUAUCUAUCGCGCGCAAAGAAACUCUGCAAAGAGGCUAUUUUGACAUCAAUGUAUCCAGGACUAAGAAUGAGCCUUGAAGAAUUCAUCGAAGAGUUUAUGAGCCAUAGUGCGCGUCUUCGAGCUCUCGAAAUAGACAGAACGCAACUUCAGCCCAAGCAGAAGUCCCAGGCAAAGAACAUCUUGCAACAAAAGCGUAUGGCCUUAGCCGAUUAUUUCAAAACGCUACAAGGUUUUGGAGUUUCUCAUAGAAUCGGUGUGCUGGCUUGGAAGAACCGAUUGGAUGAGGUAUUGGACUUUACUAUACCACCCAUAGAGCUGAGAACAUCGUUCAAUUCAGCUGGCUCUGGUAUAAUUGAGAAAAAAACUUUGGAGCAAUGGGAGGGCUGCGAAAGAUAUUAUUACAAUUCGCUAAUCAAGUUGAAUGCUCUUGACCAAGCACUUUUGUCAAAUAAAACGGAUCUUGGACCUCAGAAUAUGGAAUGGUGCAAGGGUUUCUCUGCCCAUUUAAUGCUUUUGGCUAAUAAGCAAAAGAAGGUCCUUGCUUCAGUCUUGAAGUAUUUCGUAAGAGUACGUUCUCAAGUCUUAAAUCUCGCUAAGAUCAACAUCGACGAUUUAGCAAUAACCAAACAAAAAGAUCUGUGGCAUAGUGCUACUAAUUUAAGAGAACUACUGAUCACUUCACGGACUAUCCUAGAACAAUUCUUGGUUUAUCUACAGGCUUGUCCCACUGAGUCUCAAAUUGAAGGUGACGAUUACUCGUACAAUCUAGAUACCAAUGAUCUACCUAUCGUUAACUGCAAGAGAGGUGAUGAAUUGUGGGAGAAGACAAACACUUACGUAAAAGAGUGCCUCACUGGCAUCGCAGAUCUUUCAAAGAAGUUUAAUAUUACAUUCUCUGAACUUGAUAUUAUUAACGAAGAGGACCGUACAGAUGAUGUGCAGGCUUCUAUUAUGACAUCUAAACAUUUUGCAUUUUUAAAAGAUAGUUUUGGUUCUUUGAAAAAUAUUAGAGAAAAAAUAAACCAAUUUGCGGCUAUAUUCGAUGCAGUAGAAGACGGAAAACAUCCGCUACUAGAAAAUAUAACUUUCCUCGAAAGAAAUAUGGCAAAUCAACUCGAUCAGUUUGAAAAAAUAAAUACUUACGUUAAUGAGCAAUCAGAAUCAGAAAGUCCGUCAGAGAAGGAAGUUUUGGAUAAAUGUGAAAGUGAUUUCGAAAAAUUAGUGAGUUCAAUUCUUCUCGUUAUUCAAAAUAAGUACAAAGAUAAUCUAGCCCCUGCGAUUGAAAAAGACGAUAAAAAUGAAUCUGAACGCGAAAAAGAACAAGAAGAUACAGAGGAUGAAUAUGAAAAGAACAAAUUAAGAGAAAAAUUAGUCGAAUCAAUUGAAAAAGAUAUAGCAACUUUAAAGUUGAAAGAAAUUUAUGAAAUUCUGAACGGUUUAUUGAGAAUUAUACUAAAUGGAGAUUCAAAAGUUAUUCAAAGUGGUUGCAGGCUUCUACAGAAGUGUCUACCUCUGCUCCAGCAAUAUCUUCUUCUUGCUCAAUUUUACUUAAACGAACAAGUCGCAUCUCUACGGAUCACUUGCAAGAUUUUGCAUAUGCAGCUGAACGUUUUCUUAGAUCUUGCUACCAACGGUUUCUGCGUCCCGAAAGACUUGGAUCUUGAAGAAGGCGACGAAGGUUCUGAAGAGAAAAGCGGUAAAGGAGGUAUGGGACUUGGUGAUGGCGAAGGAGAGAAGGAUGUGUCAGAACAAAUUGAGACAGAAGAUCAACUCGAGGACGCAAAACCGGCAGGCCAGGAGAAAGAAAAACCUGAAGAUAAAGAAUGCCCCGAGGAAGAUAAUGGAAUUGAAAUGUCGGAAGAUUUUGAGGGCCAGUUACAGGAUGUAGAGCCAAAAGAAGAUGAAGAUGGAAACAAGGACGAGGAAGAUGAUGAGGAUAUUGAUAAACAAAUGGGCGACACUGCCGACGGAUCUGAUAAAUUAGAUGAGCAAAUUUGGGGAGACGAUGAAGACGAACCUGAGUCUGAAGAAACAGAGAAGAAAGAUGAUGAAAUUGGUGAUGGAGAAAAAACAGGUGAAAAAGAAUUUGGUGCCAAAGAUGAACGUACAACUGAAGAUUCGGACGAGAAAGGUAAUGAUGAUCAAGACGAAGAAAGAAAAGAAGAACAGAAGGAAAUCAAUGAAAUGGAAGAACCAGAAUACGAUGAAGAUCAAGUUAAUCCUUAUCACGGCAAACAUCAACCUGAACCAGAGCCAGAACCACUUGACCUUCCAGAAGAGAUGAAUAUGGACGAUGAAGAUGAUGCGAAAGAUGAAGAGCCAAAUAACGAAGAGAAUCCCUUCGAUAUUGACAAAAUGAAAGAGGCUAUGCCUCCUCCAGAAGCUGAGGAAAUGGAAACCGCUGAGGAAGAAGUACAAGAAGACAAGGACACCAAAAAUCAAGAUUCGAGUGAUGAAGAGGAUGCAAAUGAUCCCGAAAAACCCGCUGACAAAGCUGAGCAAGAGGAUGGUGCAAAUGAAGACGAAAAUGAGGAGGAAAGUGCUCAAAAAGCGCCGGACGCUGGUAAGGAGAAUCCAGAGGAAGAAGAAACAAAAUCCGAAGAAAAGGAGCAAGAACCAGAAGAAAAAGCCUUACCAAGCACCGACGAAACAUCCAAGGAGAUGGAUGCCGCAGAGCAAGCUGAUCAGCAAGAAGGUGGUUCGCGCGAUCAAGUAGCUAACCAAGCUGAGAAUGAGCCGGAUCAAAAAGAGGAAUCUAGCGCUGAAAAUUGGCAGGAUGAGAAAAAAGAUAAGGGUACAGGUCAGUCUCAAGCAGAGCAGCACGAUUCUGGACACUCAGGUUCGUCAGCCGAGAAGACGCAGCCAACUACAAAUCAAGAAAACGAAGCACAACAAAACGAAAAGAGAAAGAAUCCUGGAAAAAGCGACGAAGAUCAUACUUUGGCUGAAAAAAUAGAGCCUGACAAGAAAAAGCUGCGUACUAUGAUACAUUCCAAAGACAAGGCACCUGAGGAUGAUAACAACGAAGAAGGUGCAGAACAAGAGGAAGAAGGCGAUCCAGAUAUAUGUCAGCACGUGAAGGAAAAAGAGAAAUUCGAUCACUAUGCUGUAGACGCAGCUACUGAGGAACAAUCGAAAGAGCAAGCAUCAAAUAUGGAACAGGAGAAGGAACCACCUAAAGACGAAGAAGAAGCAAUGGAUGUCGAUAUGCACGAAGAUGAAGAAGUCGAAAUGGAAGAAGAACCUGCCUCGAAACAAAACUCUGAGAAAGUAUCUACUGAUGAUAAAUCCAAGGAUAAGAAAGAUUCGAAGGAGAAAGGUCGUACGGAGGAUGGGCAGCUCGAAACCGUUGUGGAUGUCGAAGGCGAAACCACAGAAACUAUGACAGUUCAACGUGGUGCGGAAUCAGCAUUCUUCACCAACUUGACUGAAGUGGAGAACGAAUUACUAUCGACGAGAUGGAUCGAAAAACAAAGAAUGGAAGUCGAGAAAAUGUUGAGUCAGUGGACAGAAGUUCCAACAACAGAAGAAGCAGUCGCCGCCUGGAAUUCCCUUAGCGCCGUUACCGAUGCUCCAGCACGAGAUCUCUCUGAAAAACUGAGAUUGGUCCUUGAACCAACACAAGCAUCUAGGUUGAAGGGCGACUACCGCACGGGCAGAAGAAUCAACAUGAGAAAGAUUAUACCUUACAUUGCCAGUCAGUUCAGAAAAGACAAAAUCUGGCUUCGACGAACAAAACCUUCAAAGAGAGAUUAUCAAAUCGUACUGGCUAUUGAUGACUCUAGCAGUAUGGCAGAUAAUCAUUCUAAGGAGUUGGCCUUUGAAUCAUUAUCAUUAAUCAGUAAGGCUAUGACUUACCUAGAGGCUGGACAGCUGUCGGUCCUUAGCUUUGGAGAAGAGAUAAAUGUACUGCAUCCAUUGGGUGAAACUUUCAGCGAACACAGUGGCUCAAGAUUAGUACAAAAAAUGAGAUUUGAACAGAAGAAAACUAUGGUUGGUGAACUAGUCAAUUUUACUGUGGACAUGUUUCAAAGUCAGAGUAAUUCAACUGAUAAUGCAAAACUGCUGGUUGUUCUGUCCGAUGGUAGAGGUAUUUUCUCAGAAGGCACAGAAAAAGUUAAUCUUGCUGUAAGAAGAGCUCGCUUAGCUGAUAUAUUUUUAGUAUUUAUAAUCGUAGACAAUCCUUUAAAUAAGGAUUCUAUAUUGGAUAUUAGAAUGCCCGUCUUUCAAGGGGGUAAAUUAAUUGCAAUUAAUUCUUACAUGGAUAGUUUUCCUUUCCCAUUUUAUAUGAUACUAAGAGACAUCAACGCUUUGCCAGGAGUUUUAAGUGAUGCCCUAAGGCAAUGGUUUGAAGUAGUUGGAAAAAUUGACACGUAAAAUAUUUUACACAUCAAUGAACUGAUUUUUGUUUUUAUAAUUAAAUUUCGUAGUUUUGUUGUAAAUAUUUUCGAUUUGUCAAUGUAAAUAAAUAUUUUUUCUACACUGUA